AUGUCAUUUUCUUUUCUCCAGCUGGUCCGUAUCCAGCUGACUCACAAACCAGUGACAACUCCACUGAAUGCUCCCAAUUUGAAGGCUGCCAUUGCGGAUGCCAUUCACAAGCGUUAUGACAACUUCAACAAGGACAUGGUGGAGGAAGUCCAGUAUGACCCUGAUGCCCGUCUCAUUGUGGUGGAUGUGAAGAAGCCAAUGGGAGAACGCAAGAGUGACCUGACCAAUAUGGCCUAUUACAUGGAGAAAGAUGUCAAGAUGCUGCCCCUGUUCAAGAACCAGGACAAGUUUGAGCCCACUGUGGGCAGCCAGAAGCUGGAGAUGGAGAACAUCCUGGUCUACUAUGUGGAUGAGAAGGCCCCCACUUUCACCACAGAUAGGGCCUCUGGGGUGUUUUUGACCCUCAGACACUCUCACUCACAUUGGUACUUGCUGCCUGCUGCUUCACAAUCCUUCAGGUCAGCAACUGAAAAGAACAAGAGUGAGACAAAAGAGCUUAAGACAUACUGAAACUGAUUAUCUUGUCAACUCAUUUUUUUUAGAAAAUGUUUAGAGGUCCAAUAUUUCAAUUGAUUAACUCCAGAUAAAGUUUUGCAAUAUGCAUAAUAUUUUCUUUAUUUUUAAAACAUGUUUAUCUCAUUUUAAAGUAGGAAUAAAGUCUCUCAAAGUCUUUCUUUUUUAUUAUCUUUAAUUUUGUUUAUUCAAUGUUUAACUCCAUGAACA